GUGUCCUGCGUAAAUUGAACGGAUACUGAUAAAUUAUUGCAAGUAACCUGAUAGAGUCCUUCCAUAAACUUGCGUAAUGUGAGACAUUGGACUGGUGUUUAGAGCAUGUUACGUAAGUUCUAGUACUUUGGGACGUUCUCAGUCCGGUUGUUUGUGAGGUUGAUCGCUUACAUCUGAAACCAGGAACGAACGCAGGAGCAAUAAUGAGCUUCUUCCCGGACUUUUCCAUCGAGACCUGGACUUUAAUAACGAUUUGUAUCUCUCUCAUCUUUCUGUAUGGAUAUGCUCCAUAUGGUUUUUUCAAGAAACUAGGCAUCCCAGGACCCAAACCUUUACCCUUCAUUGGGACAUUUUUGGAGCUGAGACAUGGCGUCCACGUGUUUGACACAAAGUGCUAUCAGAAGUAUGGAAAGGUGUGGGGGACGUAUGAUGGCAGAACGCCUGUACUGGUUAUAAUGGACACAGCAAUGAUCAAAACGAUCUUGGUUAAGGAGUGUUAUUCAAUGUUCACCAACAGACGGGAUUUUGGCCUGAAUGGACCACUGCGUGAAGCUGUAUCAGUAAUAGAAGAUGAGGAAUGGAAAAGGAUUCGUAGCAUUCUAUCUCCAUCAUUCACUAGUGGACGACUGAAAGGGAUGUACACAAUCAUGUUGGAGCAUUCGCGCAAUUUGAUUAAGAGUCUGCACAAGAAAGCUCAGGCAGAUGAAGUCAUAGAUGUUAAAGACGUGUUUGGACCGUACAGUAUGGAUGUUGUGACAAGCACCUCCUUCAGUGUGGACAUUGAUUCCAUCAACCAUCCUACAGAUCCUUUUGUGGAAAAUAUAAAAAAAAUGGUCCAGCUUAGCUUCCUAAAUCCCUUGCUUGUGCUUGUAGUUCUGUUUCCUGCCUUGGGAUCAGUUUUUGACAAGAUGGAUUUGACAUUCUUCCCCAGUGAUGUGCUGAAAUUCUUCUUUGCAUUUCUGAAAAGAAUUAAAUCAGAACGGGAUCAGAAUAAAAACAAUAACCGAAUGGACUUCAUGCAGUUGAUGAUGGACUCUCAAAAGUCAGGCAACAACAAAGAUGGGCUGACUGAUUCUGAGAUUCUUGCUCAAGCCAUGAUAUAUAUCUUUGCUGGUUAUGAAACCAGUAGCACCACCCUGUCCUUUUUAGCCUUCAACCUGGCAACCCACCCUCACGUCCAAAAGACCCUGCAACAGGAGAUUGAUGAAACCUUCCCAAAUAAAUGUCAGCCCACUUACGAUGCCCUGAUGCAGAUGGAAUACCUGGACAUGGUGAUGAAUGAAUCACAAAGGCUUUAUCCUGUUGGUAAUCGACUGGAGAGAGUGGCAAAGUCUUCUGUUGAUAUCAACGGUUUGACCAUCCCAAAGGGAACUGUUGUCAUGGUGCCUGUUUACGUUCUCCAUCGUGACCCUACUCUGUGGUCUGAACCUGAUGUUUUCAAACCUGAGAGGUUCAGCAAGGACAACAAAGACAACAUAGAUCCUUAUUCCUUCCUACCCUUUGGAGCAGGACCAAGGAACUGUAUUGGCAUGCGGUUUGCUGUCUUGAUGAUGAAGUUGGCAAUAGUGGAGAUCCUUCAGAACUUCAGCUUUGUUACUUGCAAAGAGACAGAGAUUCCGCUGGAGCUAGGAGCUGAUGCAUUCACUAGACCCAAAAAUCCCAUCAAGCUGAAGCUCGAACCCAGAACAGCUACGGAUUCCCCGACAAAUUAACUCCAAUAAAUCACAACCUGGAUGCUUUACUUUUCAUUUGUUCAAUAUCAUAUCAGCUGUUAUGCUUUUCCAAAGAAACAUUUUUAAAUUAUAUUUCAGGUAAACUAUACACUCACUCCAUAUGGACAAUAUUUCAAAUCACCAUUCAAACCAGAACAUUUAUAGCCUAGAGUGCACAAAUAAAUGUAGAGGAUUUUAUUCUUUUGAACAUAAGGAAAUUAUAUAGAUUAAUAUGGCAAAACACUUCUGAAACAUACUUCAAAACACACUCUAAGAACAUUUCCUUUUUGUUGCAGCAUUUCACUGAGAACAUCUAAAUAAAUUACUUGUGAUGCCUUAA